CCACGUGGCCCAAUAACCUCUCCCAGAAUACGUAGCCAAAGAAAACCUAAAUUUCCUAUUCAUACUCGGCGAAGGUUUUACCCUAUAAUUCUAUUUCCCUUCCGCCCCUAUAAAUACUCUCUUUCUCCUCAUCCUUCUCCCACAUCAAAACCCUUCGCCUCUAUCUCCCUGCGCCAGUUUCCUGCCUCUCGAUUCCGAAGAAGCGUUAUCUUGUUCUUGCUUUCCCGCCGGUCGAUUUCCUCCCUGCUCCGGUCAAAGAAAUCCGCCUCGGGUUCCUCCAUCCAAUCUCCCGUUGAUUAUGUAAGUUAUACAUCUCCUCUGUUUUCUUUCGUUUUCCAUCGAUUUACGAUUGGCGUCGCCGAUUUGAUUUCUUGUGUUGAGAUUUUGAUCGGAGGUUUUUUGAAUUUUGCGCGAGCAGAGAAGCGUGAAUGUUGUAAUGGAGACGAAAGGUGGGGAAAAGAAGUCUAGCAGUAGUAGUAAUUCCUCCAUCCAGUACGAAGCUCCCCUCGGAUACAUCAUUGAAGACGUUCGACCUAACGGUGGCAUCGAGAAGUUUUCUGCUGCUUACUCCAACGUACGUUCUCUUUCUCCCUGCGUUCGAUUCAGAUUCCGGUGUUUUUCUGAUUUCCGGUUUUCAAUUCCGAUCUGGUUCUGAUUUCUGUUUGGAUGAAUCUGUUCUUUUUUCAUCUUCUGCAGUGCGUGAGGAAGCCAUCCUGAUAUUCCCCAAUCGUUUAUGGCGUUUGCGGUAGAGUAGGAUUUCCAAUUUCAGUAUCGUGUCUACUUUCAAUAAUUUCUCUCUCAAUCUCUCAAGAACAAGCUCUCACAAGGACGAAAAGAAGAACUCCCCCUCUCUCUAGAUCUCGGAAUUUCUCAAUCAAGCAAUGGCGGUCAACACAUCCCCAAUCGGAUUCGAAGGAUUCGAGAAGCGCCUCGAGAUCUGCUUCUCGGAGGCGCCGAUUUUCAAGGAUCCCAACGGCCUCGGCCUCCGCGCCCUGACUCGUCCCCAGAUCGACUCGUUCCUCGACGCGGCCAAGUGCACGAUCGUCUCGAACCUCUCCAACGACGAGUUCGACUCGUACGUCCUCUCCGAGUCGAGCCUCUUCAUCUACCCGCUGAAGCUCGUCAUCAAGACCUGCGGGACCACGAAGCUCCUCGCCGCCGUCGAGCCGAUUCUGGAUCUGGCCGGCUCGCUCUCCCUCGCCGUCCGCGACGUCCUAUACACCCGCGGCAGCUUCAUCUUCCCCAGCGUCCAGCCGGCUCCGCACCGCAGCUUCUCCGAGGAAGUCGCUGCUCUGAACGAAUUCUUCGGAGAUCUGGACCAUAAGGCUUACGUGCUCGGCGGUCCUGAGCACAGCUGGCACGUUUACUCUGCCACCACCGCCGGGAAGAAGACCGAUUCUCACCAGAACGACGUGAUUACUCUCGAGAUGUGCAUGACCGGUCUCGACAAGAAUAAGGCGGCGGUGUUCUACAAGGGCUCCCCUGCGGCGACCGCGCCGGAGAUGACGAAACUUUCCGGGAUCUCCGAGAUCAUCCCCGGCCACACGAUCUGCGACUUCGAUUUCGACCCCUGCGGGUACUCGAUGAACGGGAUCGAAGGCGCGGCGCACUCCACCGUCCACGUCACACCGGAGGACGGGUUCAGCUACGCCAGCUACGAGGCGAUGGGGUUCGACGCGGGGGAGACGACCCUCGACGCGCUAGUGGGGCGCGUGCUGAGCUGCUUUGCGCCGCGUGACUUCUCCGUGGCCGUCACGUGCAGGAGCGCGAGGGCGCAGCUGUGGGCCAUGGGGCUCGUCGACGUGGGAGGGUACUCCCGCGGCAAGGUCGCGGUGGAGGAGCUCCCCGUCGGCGGGAUCGUUGUUUACAAGACUUACACUGCCGACUCCACCAAGGUUGUCAUUCCGGCGGUUGUGGAGAUUAAGAAGGCUGUGAAGGAAGUGGUGAAGGUGGUGGCGAUGAAGGCUGAGGAGCAGCAGGCAGUCGACUGUGGUGGUGGUGGGUGCGGCGGUGAUGAGAUGAAGGAAAAGUGGGGACAGCAGUUCUUCGGGUUGGUGGACGGCGGCGGCGGAGGCGGCGGCGGGUUGAUUUGGUGAUCCGGGAGCUUGUUCUUGUUCUGUGUCGCGUUUUGCUUUAUUUUGAUAUAUGUCGUUUAAUUAUUAAAUAUUUGCUAUCGUGUUGGUUCGCCCGCCGUGGGUGUCUGUUGCUAAGGUUGGCUGAGUCGGCCCGAGUUGUGGCCUUGUGGGCUAUGGGAAUAAAUAAAUUGUCAAGUGGCCAUGGCCCAUGGCUGGUGGGUUUCUCAUUCUGGUUUGUUCUCUAGUGUCGUGGCAAGUGGGAGUUUCUAGUUUUAUGGGGUUCUAUCUAUAGUAUGUAACUCCGAUGUUGAGACUUCGUUUGUAUGUGCCGUGGUCUUUCAUUAAUGAAGAGUUAGGUAUUGUUAUUCUUUUUUUUUGGUAGAAAGGUAUUGUUAUUCUUUGUUUGUGAUUACAAGAUAGGUUGUCAAAUAGUUGAACGAAGGCAACAAUAAUAAGGUGAUAUGAAUGGUUCGGUCUAGUGAUGAUAUUAUUUAUAAAAAAAAAAAAAAAACAAUGACUAUGUAAUGCAUGCUCGAUUAUGAUCUAUCAUCAAAUGAGAGAAGGUUCUGACCUGGAAUGCAUUCUGUCACAUUUUAUCGAAUAAUAUACCGAAUCAAUAUUUGGAUGGAAUCACAUUGGAAAAUGAAUUGUCUUGUUUCCAUUGCGAGAAGAUUUCUAGUAUUACCGAGAGAGAAAAAGUUACAGUAGAGUCGUAUGGCUAAUCACAACUAAGAACAAUAAUCAGACCCUAUCAAACUAGAGUACAAGAAAGAGCUUUUUUUAUUACCAAAUUGCCCACCCUAUUCUCACUAUGACUAUUGGCUAAGCAAUGGAAUUUCUUCCAAAAUCGAUCCCCCCAUAGUUAUCGGCCACCAAAUGAGCCAUCAUAUUCUCAUUUCUCACUACAUCCAUAGUCACUCCACGCGCAACCAUCUAAAAAAUCUUCUUGGCUUCACCAACAAAAAUGACUGUGCUGGAAGCCAUCAACUAGACUUCAAUGGAUCGCGUACCGAAGUGCCAACAACUCCACCAAGAAAGGGUAUAUACUACUGCCUGGCACAUGCUCCCACUCCUCAACCUGACUAUGGAGCUGGCCCAACAAGACCGAGAUGGAAAACAAGGUGGCUUUGAAAACAACUCGAUUCCAGGCCUUCCAAAUGCGCAAUAAUAACAGCUACCAAAUUCAUUAUCUCCACCGACCCUAUUCCCUAAUCGAACGCCAUGGGAUUCGAAUUUGGUAAGUAGCAAUAUAGUAUAGUACAACCAUGAAUUAGUAGCAAAAUAAGAGAUGGUGGUGAUUUGCCUCAUGAUCGGGGAGGUGCUAUUUUGGCGGAUGCUAACAGCUUGGCUUCAUCGUUUAACAGUAUUUCUUAUUGUUUUGUGUCCCGUCAACUCAAUAGGGUUGCUCAUUAUGUGGCACAAAAGGCCCUCUCAUCGGGAGUUCGACUAUUCGUUGACUCUCGCGUUUUUCUUUCUUCCUCCUUAUGACUUUCUUUUAAACACUGACUUUGCGGGGGGAAAAAAGGAAGAGAUGGAAGGUUGGACCAUCCAAGACAAUGUGCUAUGAAGUUUAAAAAUUGGGCCUUCAGGCCCAUAAACUAGAGGGGGUCCAGAGAAAGCUCAAGUCUCAUUGGGCUUCAAGCAACAGUGGCAGGUAGUAAGAUGCUAGAGUGCCAAUUUUGUCACAACCUCAAAGGAGAAGCGACAAAGAAAGUGACAUGAAAUUCUGGCUUUUGUUAAGUAGUAGCAUGUUAGAAUUGGGAAUAGAACUAGAAUUUGAACAAAAAAACAAAACAAGUAGGGAGUGAAAUUGGCCACAUCUACACAUAAUAUAAUACGCCGAAGGGAAAAACGGGAGCUCCAUUUCAAAUUUCCUGCAACGAGAGUGAAAGUAGGAAGGACAUUUUGGUCUUCACAAUUACUUUUUUUUAUUCAUUAAAAAGACACGUACUGGGAUUCAAACCAUGACCAUUUUAAAGAAAAGCAAGGAUAAUAA